GUUAAAACAUUAAGUAGUUCUGAUUGGAUUUUUAAAACAUUUGUCUCAUUUCAAUACUUUGUGUAGGAAAAAUUAAGAAUAAAGCUUCUAUUUAUGUAAGAAGAUGGAAGCAGAGAUAAUGGAGGCAGAGCUUGUGUUACCUAACUAUCUCAGUUUUAAGAGAAUUCAAAUGUAUGACAAAUACCCUAAAGGUCAAUCCAGAAGCAGGCACUGGAAGCAUCUUAAGCAGAUUAUUCAGACUGAAAAUUACCAGAAUUACCCUCCCGAUGAACCCAAUUAUGUGAAUAUUGAGUUACCCCCUUCUAUGCAUCCUUGCAAGAGAAUUUGCGAUAUUACAGGCUAUGAAGUAAGUAAUGUUCUUUAUUAUUCUUGUUUGGUGGUGUUUACUUGCAAGAGGAAGUGCUUUUCAUUUGUGGAAGAAGUUUUCAAAAUCUCUAUUUAAAAGGCUAUUCUCACAUAUUUUUAUUUUACAGAAAUUAUGAAACUAAUUAUAUUCUAUUAAUCUAUUCUAUCUUUUUUCUUGUCACUAGUUAUACUUUAACAUCGUAUUGAAUCUGUUGAUAGCAUUAGAAAUUGAAACUUAAAUAAUCACAUAUAUCUUGCUUUUUUGCCAGCAUUCAAAUCUUGUGAUUUUAUCUUCUAAUUAUUUGUCGUGAUCAAAAGAAAUCUUCUACCUGCAUUGAAAAUUUUGCUAGCUACAUCUUCUCAGAGAACUAUUUAUUUUCAUCUUAGGAUGCCCGGUAGAAUGCUCAAUCUACUGUUCCUUAGCAUUAAUUGAUUUUUGCCCGCAUAAUCCUUGUAUAUUUUUCUCAUCUUCAUGCCCAGAAUUGAGUACAUACCCUCCUCAAGAUUUCAAAUGAACAACAGGAGAUAAUGAGAUUAAAUUGAAUGUCUGUAACAUUUACUUUAAUGUCCAUGGCACUUUUAUCUUCUGCAGUUGCAUCUCACUUCUCAGUUUAUUAGCCAUUACAUAAUUAAUUCACUGUUGAGCAGGGUAUUCUUUUCGCCGGAUGAAAUUCCUUAAUGAUCUACUGUCGUACUACAGUCACUUAGUUUUUUCCACUCACAUCUCCCCAACAUUGUUUAAUUGUCUGAGUAGGUUUUAGUUUAUGUUUGUCUUCCUAUAACCUUAUAUUUAUCUUUCUUGCAUAAGCAACUGCUUGAUUUGGAUAUUCUUAGACAUGGGAAAGUACAGGGUAAGUUAAGACACGAUUCAUUGUAUAUAUCUUGUCAAUAUUUGGGAACUGAAGGUUUUCAGCUUGACCUAAUUUAACAGUAUAAGUUUGGUUGAGAUCUAGCAUCUUAGUUGAUAAAUAUCUGAAAUUAAGAAUCAUUAUAGUUGGGAAAGGUGGAUAGUGUGAAGUAUUUGUAUACUGCAUUAUUUAUCUCCUCUUUGUAAUCCUCUUUUUCCAUAGAAUGCUGCAAAUGAAUUGUACAAAAAAUACUAGAUUAAUUUAGGAUCAUGAUAACAACCUGAAAAGUAUCACACUGAUUGAACUUGAUUUCUUUGUAAUUGUUGAAUUUCACACUGUUUUUUAGAUGCCAUUAUGAUGUUCUUUUAA